GUCUGUUUAAGAAAACAAUAGCGCUGGCCAGUGCUGGAUAAAGAUACACUCCUCUCCGGUCUAGACAUCACAUCAUUAUCUAAGUCAGCUAGUUAGCUGUUUAUUUUUUGACAAAAUGUCAACCACGACCGGCGGCGGAGAGUUUGGCAACCCUCUACGAAAGUUCAAGCUCGUUUUUCUGGGCGAACAGAGUGUUGGGAAGACCUCACUCAUCACCAGGUUUAUGUAUGACAGUUUCGACAACACUUAUCAGGCAACAAUUGGCAUUGACUUCUUGUCAAAAACCAUGUACCUAGAAGAUCGCACGGUCCGACUCCAGCUUUGGGACACUGCUGGACAGGAGCGUUUUCGUAGCCUAAUUCCCAGCUACAUCCGUGACUCUACCAUUGCCGUGGUUGUUUAUGACAUCACCAAUCUUAAUUCAUUCCAGCAAACCUCAAAGUGGAUUGAUGAUGUUAGAACAGAGAGAGGAAGUGAUGUCAUUAUCAUGCUUGUUGGGAACAAAACAGACUUGGCAGAUAAAAGACAGAUCACCACGGAGGAGGGCGAGCAGAGAGCUAAGGAACUGAAUGUCAUGUUCAUUGAAACCAGCGCAAAGACUGGCUACAAUGUCAAACAGCUUUUCCGUCGCGUUGCUGCUGCAUUGCCUGGGAUGGACAGCACACCAGAGAAAAGCAAAGAGGACAUGAUCGACAUCAAACUGGAGAAACAGCCAGAGAUGACUGUCACCGAGAGCAGCUGCUCGUGCUAGUACACCUCACCCUCACCCAGCCUGUUUCCUCCCCACCAACAGCUUGUCUCUCAGUGGCCACUCUCUCCACCCUUGGCACGCUGCCAUUGGAAAGGAGGACCUGUCUUUCUUUUUUUUGUUUGUUUUCUUUUUUUUUUCUUUUCUCCCCCAUUUCAACUCAGUGACUUUUCAGAGUAACCGUUUGGAUGUGCAUUACUGUAUUGAAACAGAUUAUCUGGGGAAAAAAUAAAACAUGGUUAAAAAGUAAACAUUUAAAAUAAGGAUUAAGUUAAAUGAUAUGUUCAGAUUUUCAUCCAGUUGCAUGGCAUUAUAUAGGACUGCAGACUGACAUAACUAACUGCUCAUGAGUUAUUGCACAGUUUGGAAUCUUAGUGCUGUUACUCUUGUCAUUGUUGUAAUGUAAAACUGCUUGGGAUUAUUUAAAUGACUCUGCGAGGUUGAGUUCUCAGCCCGUUGUAAUUUUUUUAUUUGAAAUGCAGCAUUUUCAUAAAAAAACGUUCUCUCCUUCAGAUUACUGAUUAUUUCUUGACUUUGUUUUAUUUUGAGGAAGUAGAGACAGGAACUUACCAGUGAAUUUACAUCAUUACUAACCUUCAUUACCACAGUAGGCUCAAAAGGAGCCUUUUCAUUUAAGAGAGUCGAUGGUUAUCAGAUAGUGCUUGGACUUGACACAUCUGUAGGCUUAACUGCCAAAUGCAGCAGUAUGUGAGUCGACCAAAUGAACAUAAUUUUAGAACUUCUUUAAAUCAUUGCUGUAAAAAGGAUGUGUAACCAAGUAAUAAAUAAAUAAUUUUUCAUCAAAGGGACGCCAUCCCAUUUGAAUGGCUACUAACCUGAAGCUAUGUCUGCAUUAAAACUAAAGCAGCUGUCUUUCCGGUGUUGUUUAAUUAGCUGUACGCAUACUAACAUGUCUGAGGAGGAGUUUACAGUGAGUAAAUGCCCCCAAUGUAGGAAAUCAAAAAAAAAAACAAAAAAAAACCUGUUGAGUUUCUCCACGCUGAUGGAAAGUUGCCACUUUGGUCGCUAUGACAUACACUCCAUCUCAUUGAUAAUUUGUGUUGUGUUGAGUACACUAUUGCAAGAACAUGCAGCAUGCCCCACCGUGCAGGAUUUAUAUGGAUAAGAACACAGAUGCCUUGCUUGUUUGUUCACCAACGUUGUGCACUGAAUCAAGCCACAAUAUUGUAAAAUAUAAAAGAAGCCUGCUGACUGGUUCAUGGCUUCACUAGUCGUUUUGUAGAGCUGGUAGAUAAGAGUUUGUCCUCAGAUACAGCUAACGCUUACUAACACCCGUGCUGUAAAAUAGUGCAGAGAAGUUAGUUGCAGUAUCCUUUGCUGUAUUGCUAUUGCCUGAGUAGGACUGUUGGGUUAUGUUGUGUCUUAUUUAUUUUGUAACUUGAACUUACAGAUAACAUUGUACGCUUGACCAAAAGUACAGUUGCCGACACGCAUGUUGAAAGUUUAUUUUAUUUAUUGUUUGCGUGUCUGCUGGGACCCCACCUAAACAUGACUUUUAUUCCCCGCCCCCUUUUUUUUUAAUUUCCUGUCACACUGCUAGAACUUACUUUUUGCAGUGUGUGUAAUCAGUAACUUGGUUUACAGUCGCAGGUAAAGGUUGUGCCAUCUCCAGACACACACAGUGUAACACAAACCGACUAACUAGCCAUAGCACAACAAAAGACACUGGUCAUUUGCUGUAGCUUGUUUUGAAAUGUCAGCUUUUUAAAAUGGAUUUAAGUGUUAUAUCAAACAACCAUUUUAACAUGAGCAGCUCUUCUAUUACUUGUCACUGACUAAACGCUCAGCUUUGUGCUAUUCUGAAUUGUGUCUGUCCAUUUGAAAUAUGCUGUCUACUCGUGUUUAGCAACGUUUGUGUGAAUAAUGUACCAUUACUAUCUGAUGUAUAAAAAGAAGAGUUAAUGAAACACAAGUGUAGGCCUAUCACAUAGAAUAAAAUAAAGAUAUUUCACCAAA